ACCAUUCUCGCUCUUCUUCCAAGACGUAGACAAUGUCUCUCAAAGUUGUUGUAUUUGUUGCCUUAAUGGCAGGUGCCCUAGCUGACUCUAGCCCAAGAUACAGUCCUCCUACUCCUUCCUACAGUCCUCCUGCACCUACAUACAACGCCCCUGCACCCGCUCCUUCGGGACCUGCCCAGUACGACUUUAACUAUGCCGUGAAGGACGACUAUUCCGGAAACGACUUCGGUCAUCAAGAAAGCCGAAAUGGGUACGACACUCAGGGUACCUACUACGUCCAGCUUCCCGAUGGUCGUCUGCAGACGGUGACCUACACUGUGAACGGCGACUCCGGUUACGUAGCUGAAGUUUCUUACCAAGGAGAAGCCCAGUACCCAGCCCAGCAGCCUUCCAGGUCCUAUCAACCCGCUCCUGCUCCAUCCUACCAGCCUGCCCCCUCCCCAUCCUACCAGCCUGCUCCCACCCAUCCUACCAGCCUGCUCCCACCCCAUCCUACCAGCCUGCUCCCACCCCGGCCUACGGCUAAUCUUUUAUGCUGAUAUCGAAGCCCCCCUAAAAUUGUAAUGAAAUAUAUGUAUAUGAUUGUAAAUAAAUUAUGUUUUAAAUAGUGAAA